AGAAGUACCUAGGUACCGUUUGCUAUCACGUCAAUUCCUUUCCCAUCAGCACUUUCUUCUCUGUUGGGAACAAUCGCCGCCCGAAAGAACCAUCUUAUCGCCCAUUACACAUUUGUCUAUAUCGCCGCCGACUUACCUCAUUUGUAUCCUUUUUCAACAUCUUCAUCUUUCAACAAUCAACAACCUUGCGAAUCACUUCCAAUCCACUUUCGACUCGAUUAUUGACAAAUCAAUCACCCUCUUCGAAACAAUUUAUCUCUACCUAAGUCAUUAGGUAGUAGGUAUCGAAGAAUAUCACAGGAACCAUUAUUACUUCGUAGACCGCCGUCUUUUACCAAAUUCAACAUGUCGACCGCCGCCCGCCGCCGCUUGAUGCGAGACUUCAAGCGCAUGCAGACUGACCCCCCCGCCGGAGUGUCUGCAUCCCCGGUCCCCGACAACGUUAUGACUUGGAAUGCGGUUAUCAUAGGACCGGCUGACACACCUUUUGAAGAUGGCACGUUUCGACUCGUAAUGCAUUUCGAGGAGCAAUACCCGAACAAGCCUCCGGCAGUCAAAUUCAUCAGCCAGAUGUUUCACCCCAAUGUCUAUGCUACGGGCGAGUUGUGCCUUGAUAUUCUCCAGAAUCGCUGGAGCCCCACAUACGACGUUGCCGCCGUCCUGACGAGCAUUCAAAGUCUGCUCAAUGACCCCAAUACCGGCUCCCCCGCGAAUGUUGAAGCCUCUAAUCUCUACAAGGACAAUCGUAAGGAGUACACUAAGAGGGUUCGUGAGACCGUAGAGAAGAGCUGGGAGGACUAAGCUCGUUCCAUCCUUUAUUAAACCGAUAUAAACCCGAACCCGGACUUAUGGCUCGAAAGGUAUGGAACAUAGCUCGAUAGAGAUCUAUGAGAGCCAGAGCAAGAUGGAAGAGUUUACGAUGGGAGCUUAGGACUUUUGCGCGAGCAUUUUAGCAACAUAUUAGCAUGGCGCCGCUUCGGCUCUAGGCAAGAAUCAUCCGCAAGGGGAGUAAUGGCUCGGCGUUUCGGUAGGCGCCGAAUAGGAGGAAGUAUCAUAGGUUAUGGUGUUAAGGAGAAUCAUGUUCCUUGAUGCCUGGAUGACCAGGUAUCUUCCAAGUAGUACUUUACGAACCACUACUCUACCGUAGUACUCUAUGGUGAUGAUUUCUGAAUAUCCUCGCAUUGGCUCUGGCGUUUCGUUUCCCUUUCUAAGCUAGGAAUGCUGCAUGCCUAGGUAGGCCUAGGCAGUUAGCAUUAGUGCUUAGGUAGUUACUGAAUUCGCAACGAAAUCCAUGGUUACAAAAUGAUAAUAAAAUGAUGGCGAUCAC